AUGGCGAAAUCAGCAGACGGUGUCGCAGAACCCGAGCCUGCUCCUGGCGUCGCGGCGGGGAGUGCAGCUUCGGCCGGGGCGGGGAGGUCGAGGCCAGAUACAUGUUCAUCUGCCAUCAAAGUCUUGGUGACAGGCGGCCUCGGAUUCGUGGGCUCCGCGAUCGUACGCUCAUUGCAGGAAUUGCAUCCUGAAUGGAGUGUUUGGAUCCUUGACCAUCGUGAAGAUCCGAGACAUGGAAAAGAGCACAAGAAUGACGGGUACGAAGACGACGAGCUGGAUUUACUUAGGGGCUGCGCCUACGAGUAUGUGCAAGCUGAUAUCACGGAUGAAACGGAGGUGAAGAAAGUAUUGGCUUGGGUCAGGCCUGAUGCGGUGGUGCAUACGGCGGGUAUUGUACCGCCGUUGAGUGAACGAUAUUCACGCCGUUUAGAACGUCUUGUCAAGAAUGUCAAUGUGAAUGGAACACGACAUGUGGUGGAAGCAGCCAGCAUCAGCGGAUGCAAAGCUCUUGUGUACACGAGCAGUUGCUGCGCAGUAACGGAUGAUAUGACUCAACCGUAUGCGAAUAUCGACGAGAGAUGGCCGGUUCCCGAGAAAUCUUUGAUCUAUGGCGAAAGCAAAGUGGAAGCCGAAAGAAUUGUGAUUGCUGCCAACAACCCAGGCCGGAUCGAGAAAACAAGAGAAGGCGACGAAGAUAGCCCCCAAUAUUCAAUGUCCACAUGCGUUUUGAGGCCGUCGGUUCUUUUCGGAGAAGGAGACAAUCAGCUGAUACCUCCGAUCCACGCAUGUAUCGCGAAACAAGAGACUCGCUACCGACUCGGAGAUGGAACUAAUUUGUGGGACACGACGUACGUGGGCAAUGUGGCCGAUGCACAUGUUUUGGCGGUGGAAAACCUGUUUUCGGCCCAGCCGUCGGUGAGAUGUGGUGGGAUGCGGAGGGGAACGGCGGCAGGCGAGACGUUCUUCAUACAAAACAACGAGCCGAUUUCAUUUCGAGAGUUCAGCCUCGCGGUUUGGCGGGAGUUUGGACAUUACCCGCCGCCGUUGGAAAUUCCCAUCCCAGCAGGACUGGGGUGGAUCUUGGGCUUGUUCGCGGAAGUCAUUACGCGAAUCUACGGAACAACAACGACCCUCUCCCGUGGAAGCGUCAUGGAUGCCUGUGCUAUGAGGUAUGCCAGCGGUGAUAAGGCCAGAGAAAUUCUCGGCUAUCGUCCCAGAGUAGGGCUGGAGGCAGGCAUCAAGAGAGGCUGCCAAGUGAGUUAA